AUGUUAUUUACCGUACUCGGAGUUAUUGCUCUUUUCCUCAGAGAAAGAAACAACAUUUCCACCGUCUCAGGUAAAGAUGAAAGAGUCGACCGUCAAGGAUUGGUCAAGGUACCCCCUGUGACCACCAGUGAUGCACUGGCUAAAUAUAAAUCAAGUAAAACUAAAAUCUUUUGUUUCGUAUUAUUCCUUCCUUUAGGUCGAGAAAUCUGUGACUGGUGUGAAGAUUCAUCUUUGCAUCUUGAGGAACAGAUCAAUGUUCCGAUUGAGGAACCAUCACUGGAGGAACCUGUUGAUGGUCAAAGUGAAGAACAACCACCGGUAGAGCCUGACAGUGUUCCCGGUGAAGAACAAGCACUGGUAGAACCUGACAGUGUUCACGGUGAAGAACAAGCACUGGUAGAACCUGACAGUGUUCACGGUGAAGAACAAUCACUAGUAGAGCCCGUCAGUGCUCACGAUGAAGAACAAUCACUGGUAGAGCCCGACAGUGUUCACGGUGAAGAAUUAUUACUGGUAGAGCCCGACAGUGUUCCCGGUGAAGAACAACCACUGGUAGAGCCUGACAGUGUUCCCGGUGAAGAACAACCACUGGUAGAGCCUAUCAGUGUUCACGGUGAAGAAUUAUUACUGGUAGAGCCUGUCGAUGGUCACAGUGAGGACCUAGCCAGCUCCUCCAGCAGUAGUGAUGUUCCUCCAAACAUUUUCUACGAGUCCAGCAGUAGUGAUGACUUCCCUCAAGACAUUUACUCAGACGGAUUUAGCUGUAGUAGUGAGCUCACAGCCAGCUCCUACAGCAGCUUUUUCUCUGCUGAGUCCGGCUGUAGUGAUGACCCCUCUACAGAUUUUCUGUCUGCUGAGUCCGGCUGUGGUGAAGACCACUCAACAGAUUUUCUGUCCGCUGAGUCCGGCUGUGGUGAUGACCCACCUCCAAAUGUGGUCUCUGCUGAGCCGGGCUGUAGUCAUGAUGACCCACCUCCAAAUGUGGUCUCUGCUGAGCCGGGCUGUAGUCAUGAUGACCCACCAAAUGUGGUCUCUGCUGAGCCCGGCUGUAGUCAUGAUGACCCACCUCCAAUUGUGGUCUCUGCUGAGCCGGGCUGUAGUCAUGAUGAGCCACCAAAUGUGGUCUCUGCUGAGCCCGGCUGUAGUCAUGAUGACCCACCAAAUGUGGUCUCUGCUGAGCCCGGCUGUAGUCAUGAUGACCCACCUCCAAAUGUGGUCUCUGCUGAGCCCGGCUGUAGUCAUGAUGACCCACCUCCAAAUGUGGUCUCUGCUGAGCCGGGCUGUAGUCAUGAUGACCCACCAAAUGUGGUCUCUGCUGAGCCCGGCUGUAGUCAUGAUGACCCACCAAAUGUGGUCUCUGCUGAGCCCAGCUGUAGUCAUGAUGACCCACCAAAUGUGGUCUCUGCUGAGCCGGGCUGUAGUCAUGAUGACCCACCUCCAAAUGUGGUCUCUGCUGAGCCCGGCUGUAGUCAUGAUGACCCACCUCCAAAUGUGGUCUCUGCUGAGCCGGGCUGUAGUCAUGAUGACCCACCAAAUGUGGUCUCUGCUGAGCCCGGCUGUAGUCAUGAUGACCCACCAAAUGUGGUCUCUGCUGAGCCCGGCUGUAGUCAUGAUGACCCACCAAAUGUGGUCUCUGCUGAGCCCGGCUGUAGUCAUUACCCCCCUCCAAAUGUGGUCUCUGCUGAGCCCGGCUGUAAAGAUGACGUCGCUCAAGGUGCAACCUGUCAGACAGAGGGCUCUGUUCCACCUCAGCCAGAAGAGCUGAAGGAUAAAGAUGCACACAUCAUUGAGAUCAACUCAAAGUGCUAUAAAAUUGGUGCUAAGCUGGGCAAAGGAGGCUUUGGAACCGUUUUCGCAGGGACCCGUUUAGAAGAUGGCCUUAAGGUGGCAGUAAAAAUGGCUGACUUCAAGAAUAAGCGAUACAUCCGUGUUGUUGAUUUUGACAAACUACUUCCAGCGGAGAUCGCUCUGCACUUUCUUGCCACUAAAGGCCCCAAGGCUAAACAAAUAGUUGAGCUUCUGGACUGGAAGGUGGAGGCGGAUCAAUACUUUAUGGUCCUAGAGCGGCCCAUACGCUGUGUGAGCUUAGGUGAAUUCAUAAGGAAACACAGAGGCAACAUCGCAGAGAAGGUGUUACGAAAAAUCAUGUUCCAGGCAACAAUUGCAGCUGACAUCUGCUGCAAACGUGGAGUGUUUCACCGCGAUAUCAAGCCUGACAACUUGCUGAUUAACCCUCGGACAUAUGAAGUCAAACUGAUUGACUUUGGGUGUGGUGAUCGGCUUACUAAGACCUGUUACAGAGAGUAUUCAGGCACAAUACAGUUCAGCCCUCCUGAGUUUCUUAAGAUUGGCUAUUACUUCGGGGAGCCAGCGACAGUGUGGUCACUCGGGAUUCUUCAGUAUUGGCUAAUGUUCAAAAAACAUCCAGAUAUCCAUGACCUCCCCAAGAUGACUUUCAGAAAUUUACAGCAAUAUGGAUGGUCAGAUGAAUGCGGUGAUUUCAUCCGCUGUUGUCUGCAGAAAAACUACAACUUUCGGCAUAAGCUGAAUGCACUCCGUACCCAUGACUGGUUUAAGGCGGAGACCAAGCGGUAA